AUGAUUUUAUUUUUAAAGAAUCUGGUUGCAUCGAGUAAAGGAAAUUGGAAAGGAGACAAAGAUCAAUGGAUUCUUUUUGCAGACAUUGAAGGACUUGUGGUUGAAGGUGACGGCGAAAUUAACGGCCAGGGUUCGAGCUGGUGGGAACACAAAGGCUCCAGACCUACCGCAUUGAAGUUCAAGAGCUGCAACAACCUUAGAUUGAGUGGGUUAACACAUGUAGAUAGUCCAAUGGCUCACAUUCACAUUAACAAUUGCAACUACGUGACCAUCUCAAGUCUCCGGAUAAAUGCGCCGGAAUCAAGUCCUAACACUGAUGGAAUCGACGUAGGCGCUUCAUCCAACGUUGUCAUCCAGGACUGCCACAUCGCAACCGGUGAUGAUUGCAUAGCGAUAAGUUCAGGGACGUCAAACAUCCGGAUUUCUGGUAUAGACUGCGGACCAGGCCAUGGAAUAAGCAUAGGAAGCUUGGGAAAAGAUGGGGAGACAGCUACCGUAGAGAAUGUAUGUGUCCAAAACUGUAGCUUCAGAGGAACUACGAAUGGGGCUCGAAUCAAAACUUGGCAGGGCGGAUCGGGUUACGCAAGAAUGAUUACAUUCCAUGGAAUAACUCUAGACAAUGUAGAAAAUCCAAUUAUUAUCGAUCAGUUCUACAACGAAGGAGAUUCUGAUAAAGCCAAAGAUCAUAAGUCGUCGGCAGUGGAAGUGAGCAAUGUGAUGUAUAGUAAUUUUACUGGGACACCGGAUCAGGACAAGUCGCACCAGGAAAAUGUUUAA